AUUCGUUUAUGAAUCGGAAAAUCUAUGAUACCCUUUCAAGGUAGAAUUUUUUCGGUUGAUUUUUUUUUUAAAUGCUAUCUCGUUUUUAUCAACGUCAUCCUACGAAGUUAAUCAUUGCUGUUCUAGAUCAAUGCUUAUUGAGUGACGUUUGGAAUCGCAUAGCUGCAUAAACUUUGCGAGGAUGAUGAGCGUUCAUUCUAAAUACAAGACAGUAUCUUAUACUAGCGUCGCUUUGUUGGAUUGUCAGUGCUAACACCUUUCCGUGUCUCCGAACACAUUGAGACGUCAGUGAAAGACCGUGUCUAGGCACCGAACUCUGAUGAACAUAUUUGAUAAGACUCCUGUUGUUGAUAAGGAGGCAUUUGUUGCCCCAAGUGCCUCCAUCAUUGGAGAUGUUGAAGUUGGAAGAGGAUCAUCAAUUUGGUAUGGAUGUGUUUUGAGAGGAGAUGUGAACAGCAUCAGCGUUGGAAGUUGGACUAACAUACAGGAUAACUCCUUGGUGCAUGUUGCAAAGUCAAAUUUAAGUGGGGAAGUGUUGCCAACUAUUAUUGGGGACAAUGUUACUGUUGGCCAUAGUGCAGUUUUACAUGGUUGUGUUGUUGAGGAUGAGGCUUUUGUCGGUAUGGGUGCAACACUGCUUGAUGGUGUCAUUGUUGAGAAACAUGCCAUGGUUGCUGCUGGAGCCCUUGUGAGACAGAAUACUAGGAUUCCCUGCGGAGAGGUAUGGGGUGGCAAUCCGGCAAAGUUCCUGCGGAAGCUCACCAAUGAAGAGAGAGCAUUUAUCUCCCAAUCGGCCACCAAUUAUACAAACCUUGCACAGGUCCAUGCAGCUGAAAAUGCCAAGCCCUUUGACGAGAUUGAGUUUGAGAAGGUGCUGAGGAAGAAGUUUGCACGCAAAGAUGAAGAGUACGAUGCAAUGCUUGGGGUUGUCCGUGAAACCCCACCAGAGCUUAUUCUACCGGAUAAUGUUCUUCCAAAUAAAGUACAAAAGGCUUCUUAAAAAUGAGUCUGCCUCAAAGAAUGUUUCUUCUAAUUCCUAUCUUGAAGUGGCAUCAAAGCCAAGAGAAAUUCUUGUUUUCGUUCAAACUUGUGGAAGAGGGAUUACCCAAUAAUAUCAUACAUGUUUUAGGCUAGACUUACGGCUCCUUCCUAUUCUGGGCAUAAGUUAUUCCAUAAUAUUUCAGCUUGUUUUAUACUUUGGAAGCGGAAGUCGUUUGAAGUUUGAAGGAGCUUAUUUGCUAGUCUCUAGUGUUUAAUGUAUCCAAUUCAAUUGUAGUGAUUAUUAAAGGACGUGGCCUGAUUCAUGAAGCUGUUGAAAUAAUAGUGAUCUUAUUACACGUAGCUUAGGUGUAUCAAAAUAUUGUGUACGUGCGACGUUAAUCGUGAAGUCAACAUUCAAUAUCACAUCAGAGAAGUGUCUUGCAGCCAGUUUAUCUUUCA